UGAGUAACUUCUCAUUUCCCACCCUCAAGCCACAAGCAAAUUGGCAUCAUGUUUGAUUUUUUUUCCCUGUGGUUAUGCUUGGUUAGUGAAACACAAACGACAGCUCACCUGCCAAACCCUUCUCAACCAUUUCUCAUGGAUCCAGGAUCCUUGUGGGGCAAGAGGCUUCCCAGGAGAGGGAAAAGGGUUUUUAAAUAGGGGCUUCUCAGCAUUUGGAGGAGAACAUCAAGCUCUGCUGCCCAUCUGGGGCAUGCACGGGUUUAUGUUCAGUUGACACUUCAACCACUCCCCAUACUGUUUUUUUCUCAGAGGUAAUCAAUAGAAUGCAGGUGGAGAGAGGGCAAUCUGACCUUGGGACAUGGAGACUUAUGUAUGCAAAGGCAUAUGAACAUCAAAGCCAACUCAAAAUAGGGGAUGCCAUCAUCCAUGCAUCUCAACAACAAUCCAGGUGAAUUUCUGGAUGUUGGUUGCCACCUUCUCUGAUCUAGAGAUAGGACUGAAGAUCUAAGGCAACAUGAACAUUUCUCUAAACACAGGGUGAUAAUUUCUGGAAAAUGAACAUAGAGAACUUCUUUGGUGGGACAUUGGGCAAUCAACUGAGAAUUGAGAAUGAAAUCCUGGGGAGACAUAAAGAUCUGGAGGAAAACUUGCACAGAGUGAUGGGCAGUGCUGGCCAAGGUGUGGCUGCUCUGCCUCACGGUCGGGUCACCCUUCAGGAUCCUGUACUCUUUUCUGGCCUGGAGAAGCUACCUCUUGCUCAAGCUCCUGACAGCCCAAGCUGGCGGUCCCUUGACAGCCCAAGCCCCCCUGCUACACCUGAGCAAACCCUUCCCACCUACUGCCUGCAGUACUUUAAUAUGCUCUACCCAGAUGACAGCAGUUGGGUCCCAAAGAGUUUGGGUGAAACUCAACAACACAACAAUCAAGGAAGCAGGACGGAAGUGCAUAAGGAACCUGAGCAGUGUCCUAUCAUUGACAGUCAAGGAUUGAGCCUCACCUGUGAGAUGGAUUAUCAGGCCAGUCUUCACCUUGAGGAGCACUCCUUGGAACAGGUGCAGACAAUGGUGGUGGGUGAAGUGCUCAAGGACAUUGAAACAGCUUGUAAGCUGCUCAACAUUGCCGCAGACCCUGCAGACUGGAAUCCAGGAAACGUCCAGAAGUGGAUCUUAUGGACAGAACACCAAUACCGAUUGCCCCAGAUUGGAAAAUCAUUUCAAGACUUGUCUGGGAAGGAACUGUGUGACAUGACUGAAGAAGGGUUCCGUCAACGUUCUCCAUCAUGUGGUGAUGUUUUACAUGCUCAUCUGGACAUUUGGAAGUCAGCUGCCUGGAUGAAAGAAAAAACUGCUCCCGGGGAGCUGCAUUACUGUGGCAAUGAAGAGAACUGGACAGACAGUGAGGUAGAUUCAUCCUGCUCAGGCCAGCCCAUUCACCUAUGGCAGUUUUUGAAAGAGCUUCUGCUGAAGCCUCAUAACUAUGGUCGCUUCAUUCGUUGGCUCAAUAAGGAAAAAGGUAUAUUUAAGAUUGAAGAUUCUGCCCAGGUGGCUCGGCUAUGGGGAAUCCGGAAGAACCGGCCUGCCAUGAACUACGACAAGCUGAGCCGCUCAAUUCGGCAGUAUUAUAAGAAAGGAAUCAUAAGGAAACCAGAUAUUUCACAAAGGCUGGUCUACCAAUUUGUACACCCUGUCUGAAAAAGCAGAGCAAAGAGAACAAAUUCAGAAUAACUGACUUUUUUCUGGGCUGGAGGACUUCUGGAAACAGCAUCCUUUAUCCUCUGCAACGUUGACGGAGCUAAAAGCAACUAUUGACAAAGACCAUUGGAUUUGGCUGGUGAACUGUAGAGAUUCCUGUGUACCCUAAUUGUGUCUGGGAAACAGGAAACAAAUAAAGGUUUACUGUUUAAGUAAAAUGGCAAAAAGGAAAUGAAUUAGGCCAUUCAGAUUUCAUUCUAGGCUUUGUGGUUUUGUAGGUGUUUUUUUUUCAGUUGAAAAGAAAAAAAAAUAAUCUAAAUAUUUCCAGCUGCAUGGUAUGGGAAUCCAAAGAAGGUAGGAAUUUGAUGGUAAAGGAAAGAGAAUACUGAUGCUGUAGAGUCUGUUACCUCUUUUCCAUUCUAAUAAUUAGAAGACUGUUUGAGAUCAAAGGAGCAAUGUAACAUUGUGUGCAACUUUGUAAAUUAACAGUGGGAAAUUAUAACAUUGCGUAGCAAUCUUCUGACCUAGCUUAAAAUUCCUAUGUGCUCUAACUUUCCUUUUCUUUUUUUGUAACAAGCAGAAAUCUCAGCAGUCCGUUUCUCUGACAGCAACAAGCUUGGGACUAUCCUUCCAAUGAUUUUCUAGUUUGCUUUUUUCCUCCUGUUCUUAGAAUAACGGCCAGGCUUUUGUUAUUUCAAGGCUGAUGUUGGAGAAAACCUAAGAAUCACAAUUUGGAAUUCAGAAUAGUGGUGUGUCAAUAGUUUUAGAAUCAGGCUGGCCCAGUGUAUUGUGUUUAUGUUUGUUAGGGGAAUGCAAAAUUGUAGUUUAAUUCAAAGGAGUAGGCCAGACAAUCCAUCCAGGUUUGAUAUUAAAGAACUUGAUUAGUUUUCCACAUAUGCAAUGAAUGAAAGUAGUUACUUGUUCGGGUAUUGUUAACAGAAGGACAGAGUCACCCAUUCUCAGUAUGUGAACAAACCUUUCUUGAGGGGAAAGACAAUAGGACUGUGCAAAGCAGCUCCUUGCUGGAGCUCAGGCUGACCCAAAACAAGAACAAUUUGGCACCUGCCUGCCUGAGGAGGCGAACUAGCUGAACAUCUGGGAAACACUGAAGAAAGCACCCCCACCCCCAAGGCUUCCUGAAUGCGGUCCUGGCAACGAUACAGGUUGUUCUGGUGUAUGGAUUGCACCUGAAUGCCUGUGCCAGAGUAUGAUAAUUAUUCCAAUCAGAUAAAUUCUAUUGAAGACACUUCCUAAAAUUAUGCUGAUACCGUUUCCCCAAAAAUAAGGCAUCCCCUGAUAAUAAGCCCAAUCGGGCUUUUGAGCGCAUAUGCUAAAAUAAGCCUCCCCCCUGAGAAUAAGCCCUCCCUGAAAAUAUUUAAAUGUAGAGCUGGAAAUCAGGUAAGAUGGCAAGAGGAGCCCCAUUUUGCUCCAUGCACCCCAAAAUAAUAAGACCUCCCCAAAAAUAAGGCCAAGUGCUUAUUUCAGGGUUCAAAAAUAUAUAAGACAGGGUCUUAUUUUCGGGGAAACAUGGUAGUACAGCAGCUACGUUGAGAAUUACAAAUUAUGGCCCAACCAUGUGCCUUUAUGAAAUCAGCGAAGACAAAUUUUGGCUGAUGAUGAAAAGUAAAGUCAUUGUGACUAUCAUUUUGUAUGUUAAGUCUUACACUGCCAUUGAAAAUUAAGAGAGAAAUGUAUGCAAGUAGAAGUUGUCUGGGCUACCAAAAUUAAGAGAGUGGAUGCUAAAUCAUGUGAAACUGACACAAUAUUUAGAGGUAAAAGAAUUAUGAUCAAAACUUCAAGGAAACUUCUACCUUUACUCAUAUCUGCUUUCAGAAAAAGUUGACAUACUAUUCUUUUUUUAAAAAAAAUAUGCCACUUCACCUAAGAAUCUCAUGAUCCCAUACAUACUAGCACAUUGAUUAUGGAGUACAUAAGGUUGUUAAACAUUAAAGCUCCUUAAGAUUUCAGUAUCUGACUUAAGGUAAGAUCAAGUCUCCGUGCUGAAUUUAAUUCCUGGCAACUUCAUGGACAUGUCUGUACAUUUUUAUUGUAAACAAUUUAUAAGAGAUUUGCCUUAGAUGACAACAUCAUCAACAACAACAACAACAAUGAAAUGGAAAAAGACAAUCUAGUGUUUCCUGGUGAUCUCUUAUGCAAGUAUUAAUCAGGUCUUACUUACCAAAUAUCUUGUAACCUUUCUUACAUUUUCAAAAUUAGCCAAUGUUGGCUAGGUGCUGCCACCAAGAGGAAUAUCCACUUCAUGCACAGCAUAUAAAAUUUAAGAUUUGUCGAGCAUGUUGUUGCAGGGUAUAAGUAUGUAGAAUGAGCAAUAUUUUUAACAUUAUUAAAUUGAAGUGAAUAUUCUUUGGAAUUAA